AAUGCACUGUGUGGAACCUGGGAAUGUGGCCGAUUGUUGGACCGGGCCGCGCACUCUAGUCGAUUAACGUGGACCAACGUAGUUAAACACUGGUGGAGUAGGGGCGUGACACGUUUCCUAUUUGUAUUAGGACUGGAGGCAGGACUGGGUUGGAAUGGUGGUGUUGAUGUUGACCGGAGUUUUCUCGAUCUCCGAAUUGUGAGUUGAGAGCCAGCUCCACCUCAAGGAUUACGAUGUUUGUUUACAAUGACUGCGCCUUGCAACAUUUAAAACAGGAAAUGUAUCAACUAACUUGCUGAACAAAAAUUACAGUUUCGAAGUCCCAUUAUGUGUGAGUCCAAAUAAGUAAAGAAGCUCUGGAUGCUAAAAUGUGAAAGUCACACUGGCUGAAUUCUUUGGAAUGGAUCGAAAUAAAAGAAAUUCAAUAGCAGUUUUACCAUUAAGACAUGAGCGAUUGGAAGAGUUUGAUGGCGGCAGGGAUGGUAGUGCCAUUGGUCAAUCAACAACAGUGUUUCCUUCAUCAUACAGAGCCUUAAGUAGUGCUGUCUCCAGACUUACUAGGCUUGAUGACUUUAUCUGUGAAAAAAUUGGAUCUGGAUUUUUUUCUGAAGUCUACAAGGUGCGUCACAGAACUUCGGGACAAGUAAUGGCACUGAAGAUGAACAAAAUGAUCAGCAAUAGAGCAAACAUGCUGCGGGAAGUGCAAUUAAUGAAUCGUCUUUCUCAUCCCAACAUUCUCAGGUUUAUGGGUGUUUGUGUUCAUGAAGGCCAACUGCAUGCAUUAACUGAAUAUAUUAAUGGAGGGAAUCUUGAACAGUUGUUGGACAGCAAUGAACAUCUUUCCUGGCCUAUUCGGGUCAAAAUAGCACAUGAUCUUGCCUCUGGACUCGGUUAUUUGCACUCCAAAGGUGUCUUUCAUCGGGAUCUGACUUCUAAGAAUUGUUUAAUUAAAAUGGAAGAAGGUAGAUACACUGGAGUGCUGGGUGACUUUGGUCUGGCUGAGAAAAUCCCUGACAAUGAGACUACGGAAAGGCUAUCGGUGGUUGGAUCACCAUUUUGGAUGGCUCCAGAAGUGCUACGCAGUGAGCCCUAUAAUGAAAAGGCUGAUGUAUUUUCAUAUGGUAUUAUUAUGUGUGAAAUUAUAGCUCGGGUGCAAGCUGACCCUGACUAUCUCCCUCGAACAGUGAACUUUGGAUUAGAUUAUGAUGCGUUUCAGAACAUGGUAGGGGAUUGCCCACCCAGCUUCCUUCAACUUGCGUUCAAUUGUUGUAAUAUGGAUCCAAAGCUUCGCCCAUCUUUCUCAGAAAUAGUAAAUGUGAUAGAACACAUUAUAUCACAACUACAAGAAGAAGAAAAUAGAAGCAUUAACAAUGAAGAAAGUAUGGAGACAAAGCCAAUUAACCUACAAAAAAGUGCUGGGGAGAAAGGACAGGCAAUAAAAAGAUGCAGUCCUCUGGUAUGUCCAAGUGAUAAGAUUCCACCCAAAUCGCCUCGGCCACGUCGUAAUAUAUGGCUUUCUCGCAGUCGGUCUGAUUUCUUUACCCGAAAAGUUAGUCGGAAGAUUAAUGUCCAAGAUCCAUACUAUACUCCUAGCAAGGGAACGUCACACAAAAUUAAUCCUUUCAUUGCAAGGCAGGACUUGAAAGGUGGAAAAAUAAAAUUUGUAGACACACCAAGUAAAUCGGUAAUAUCUCUAGCAUUUGACCUGCCUUCACCUGAUUCUGCAGACUGCUCGUUCAUUUCAACAACCCAAGCCAAACAGAACCUUACUGGGGAUUUUCAGGAAACUUUCGUCUCUGAGCGACGAUAUCGAUCCCUUCCAGUUUCACCUGUUUUGCCAACAAAAGAAUGUCAUAGUUUUGGGCCCUUUUCAUUAACAUUGGGGAAAUGUGACCCGGUGCAGUUGGGAACGGAUGUGAGACAGAAAGUGUUGAACACUUCCAAAUAUUCUGUUUCGGAGAUUCCACCAUUUAAACAGAAACUUCCAAUUCUGCAAUCUCUUUCAUCAGAACAGUUUGAUGCUAUGGACUGUUCAGGAAGUGAAGACAUACCGGAUGGAAAUGACCUGUGUACAGAGCGCAGGACACAACUAAACAUCUUAAAAACUGAAGAAAGCUACAGUCUCCGCGUUCCAGAGAGCUUGAAUUGUAAUUGUAUAACAGGAGGCAAUGAGCCAAAUUUAAAUGGUACAUCUUGCGGCAACUGGAAUAGCUCAAUUUCCAGUGAAGAAGUGAAGGAGCGAGAAAUGCAGAGGGACAUGUCAAAAUUAGCAAUACCAGAACACAAGUCAUCUUUUAGUGUCAGUAUUGCACUGGAGCGAGAUGAAAUAGACCCAGGUAAUUGUGCUGAAGCAUCUGACGUGGAAGGGCAUUCCUCUGUGGUGCUGAAUCCAUGCAUGAAUUCAAAUCCUUGCCACCUUCAGUCAAAAUGCAAUAUUUGAAGAAACAUUCAUAAAUUGUGUUGGUUACUUUUAACAACUUCUUUCUGCUUGAUUAAAAAAAAAAAAAUCCAGUUAUUUUUAUCUGGUCAGGAAUGAUAUGAAAGUCUAGAAUUCCAAAGCUCUUUUCAAACUUUGAGGUGCAGGUACCAUGGAUCACAGUCUAUUCUGAUUAAUUUGAUAUUUGGUGAUUGGCCAGUAUGGUAAAUUGACUUAUUUGGGUAAACCUUUUGCAUCUUAUUUCUAAUUGAUUCAUAUAUUUUAUGGAAGUAGCUUUAUAAACCAGCCAAAGGUAACUUCUACUAAAUAUCACCUGCAUGCAUGCAAUAUGUACCCCAGCGCCUUUCAGUAUUUGUGAGGUAUCAGUUUGAUGACUAGUUUUCCUCGGCUUGUAAACAAGUAAAUAUUUUCCAAUUUUCCUCUAUUGGAAAUGAUUUGUUGCAUCAUCUAUGGUCUUUAAUAGCUGGACUUGCAGUUAAAAUUUUCUGGGAUAUUUAUUGGGAAAAAUAACCAACUUUUUAUUUGUGGGCUAGUCGAGACUCCUCUCAAAAAAUUACAUCUAUAUUUUACGAAUUAUUUAAAAAUCUAUUUCAUUGUUUUUUUCAUGUUUCUACAUAAAUCUGUGCGAGGUAAGAGUACUGUGUUACCUUUAAGGAUAGCCUGCAAAUCCAAGCGUACCAGUACACAGUAAACUGUGUUUAUCAAUACUUUCUGUGUCCACAUGAAUGAUGUAAUUUUUGACUAAAUUUAAGCUAUACUCAAAUUAACAAGGUGGACCAUAAAGAUUUCUUACUACAAGACAAGCACUUCAUCACUUUCCUAUAGCUUGAAAGAUGUUACUACUGUAUAUUUUGUAUUUCAACCUGGACUACUGUAACAGAGUUGGAUGUAUUGCCACAAGGUGCCAUGUCUGUAAUCAUCUAUGAUGGGUCAACUCACAGGAUUAGUGCAAAGAUUUUCAAGUUUGCAGAAAAGAAAAUCGAUGGUGUAUUUAUCUUUUACUGUGCAAUCAAUUCCAUUAUUUUGAGAUUUUGUUCAAAUUAGCUUUCUUCUCUUGAUCUCAAAAAAUGUGAACUCUUUCGUAUUUCUUUGUAAUUGGCUGUUGUGCCAUGAUUUAAGUGUAGAUUUUGUAUUUUCUGCUUCCUUCCUCUUAUCGAGAUGCAUACUACUACUCCUUGUGGAGAAUGCUUUUUAUUUAAUCAAUUAGUUAAGGUUUUACUAAUGGAUGUGAAUUACAGAAUUUUUAUUUUUACAUCUUUGUUUAAGCGAAGUCUGGAUUUAAUCUAGAUUGGAAAUAUUCAUUAAGGUAAAUUAGACCAUAUAAUUUGCACCUUAACUAAUGGUAAAGUUACCUCAGUUUAUCUUGACCAUUUUUUUUCAAACUUAUUCCAGAUUUUCCUACUAUGCAUUUUAUUGUAUUGUUGAUAAUCUGUCAAUUUGUACCCCCAGUCGAAUUUGAUGUAGUCAACAGAUGUGCGAUGUCGCCCACUAUUUAGACCCAUCAAAUUAAAUUAAUUGAUCAGCAUUUGCUUCUAAUUUCUUUAAAUUGCGUUAUUUUAGUUUUACGUUUUUAUGUAUGUUUAUUUAUUUUCUUGUGAUUUGACCAGUUUUCUUUUGAAUAACAUUCAGUUUGACCAUCCAAGUUACAGUGUUAUGGUGAAGACAGUUGUGUUAAUCAAAUUGCACCAUUUACUUAAUGCUCUCUAGUUUUUAAUUAAAACUGAAGUGCGUUUGAAUCCUACGUUAAUUUGGCUAGCUGCGUUAUUUGCAUUGAGGCUUGUUUGGUUUAGAAAUUCCCUUGGAUUUUUCUUGGUUUCUUUGUUUGAAUGUGCUUUUGGGAUUCCUUGAUGGGAUGAACUGUUAAAUCUUGAAGAAGUUGGUUCCUGAACUUUAUAUAAAAAAAAAUAUAUCUUGGUGACAUUUUUCUAUUUUCUGUACCAGAAGUGUGCAAGCAAUGCAUAAUUCUAUGGAGAAAAUGACUUGCAUUCACUUUGAGGUAUGACCCAUGUAAUCUAAUACCAGAAUAGAAAAAGUCCUUCCUCGCUUCUGCUCAGUUUAUCAUUUCUUAUGAAGAUGUUUAAAUAAGUUGCACUACGUAAUUCGUUCUAUUAAGAUUGAAAUCUUGGCUGAGAUUGUAAGUGCUGCAUAAGUGUUUUUAGCAGAGAUUAUCUUGUACUGUACUUUAAUGAGCUUUAUUUUGAAGAUGGUAACACAUUGCUUGACAUCAUCUUUGACCACCAAUUGGCCAUGGUUUGGGUUACUGUUAUAAUGUUAUAUUGUUCAAGUGACAAUCCAUGUGAUUUUGUAUUUUUAAACUAGAAUACCUCUUUCUUUUGGUUUGGUUAAACUUUGUGUUGAUUCUUUCUACUUAGUUUUAGUUUCACACACUGUUUUACAUAAAUUAAUUACUGAUACCAAGUGGGCAGAUAUACAAUGUACUGAUUUAUAACCAUCCAAAUCAACAAUGGCGGGGGGGGGGGGGCGGGUAGUUGCACAGCAAAAACAUACGAACUAUUUUUCUUUGAAAAUGGAAAAUAUUUUGGAUCAUAAUAUUGGAUAUGAUCAGCAGGCUGGGUUGGAUCUGUGGAAAGAGUUGAAUCACAGAGCUGAUAUAUUAAUGGUUUCUCUUUUUGCAGGUACUCCUUGACCUGCUGAUUGUUUUUGGUUGGAUCUCCAGCAUCUGCAGUUUAAUUUUUUUUUGCUGGAACUUAGAUUGCUGUACCAAUCAUACUUGACCCUCUUUAAUGAACACAGCUCCCCAUCUCCCUCAAUCAUUGGAUCCCAUUCUGUAGUUACUCUUAUAUCCAUCAAGAAAUUAUACAGAAAUUUGAGUGUAAGGAGUUCCUUAUUUUGAUCUGAACGGUCAAAUUUUACAAUUUUCCAUUUCUGAAUUGAGUAUUCUUGCUACUUUGCUUUCUCUAAACAGAACCAGGUAUUAAAGGACAGAAAACUAGUGGGAUUACAUUUUAAAUCCAGUUCUGUUUUUCUUUAGUCUAUGUACAGCCAAAUAUAGCUUAAUUAGUGCUAUUUUGAGUUGCUCUUUACCAAAACUUGUCUAUUACAUGGCUGUAAUUGAGCAGAAAACAGGUAGUUUUAGGAAUAGUUUGUUGAGUAACAUCUUCCAGAAAGUCUUGUUUCUGAAUGUGAUAUGGUUAUUAGUUAUUAAAGUAACUAGGAGCAUAAUGACCUGAAAAUAAGCUGGGACUCGCAGAAAAUAGGUGACAAAAAAUUGCAUAUGACUAAUGUACCUUACAUUAUUUUCAAAUUUCUGCCUACCACCUAUUUUCUCAAUAGUACAAUGGAGAAAGCUGAGUGCCCUUUUAGUGUGCAAUACUGGAAUUUAUCCCAUGGCUGCAAGAAAAUCUGCAAGCUUCUAAACUAUUCAAAAUAGUAGCUUUAAAAAAAGGCUUCAGAAAUUAUUCAACUUUUUUCUAUAGAGUUCAUUGCUUUUCAUUUAAUGAUUAACUACCUUCAUUUCUGAACAGAGGGACAUGCUACAUCUGGUACUGAGGUGUGGAUUACAUUUUUAAUUGGGUGUUUUCACUUGCCUAUUUUUGAGCUGCUUUCAUAACCAUGCUUUUGCUACAUCUACAUGGAUCCUUAAAGUAUAACUGGUUAGCUGUACUUGGGACCCUCCAUAUAGGAGAUCUGGAACAUGCACUGUGAAACCAUAUAUCAAUGUUUCAAAUGAAGAUAGGAAGAUGGAGGAGAAUAUUGACCAAUAGUCAGUCUACCAUGUGGCUGUGGGCUUUGCAGGCAACUUCAGAUGAAGUGUAUGUUUAAAUAACUAAAACACAGAGUUUUGAGAAGCAUAAUGGCCGAUCUAAAAUGGUCAGGUAAUCCAGUGAGCUUGAUGUGCCCAGAAAAGACUAUUUUGCUUUAAGUAGAAUUUUAUUAAUUUUCAAACUAAUGAUCACCCAAGCAUUGUGAUCUGUCUGGAAGCUCCUAAUAGAUGCUGUGAAACCUGUAUUUUCUGUGGAUAGAGAGGAAACUACUUUUCUCAGAAGCUUUAUCCACCACUUCAAAUUCACAAGCAAGUCCAUCAAUUUUCAACUCUCUAAUUCAAGGUUAUUUAAGUUAUGAUUUGAAAACCACUAAUUGGAAAAAUUCAGCAGAAUUUUUGUCUAUGCUGAUUGAGGAUAAAUGGUUUCCUGGUUUGUGAACUUAACAGUUAAAUGUACAGUAUUAUAACGUGCAUUGGGCAUUAGUUUUGGAAAUGCAUUAUUUUCUAAAAUUGGCAAAUUGGGAAACAAUUUUGGCAAUAAAACUUUUGAAAUCAAUUUCUUAAAGUUUUAAAUUCUUAAUUCUAGAUUUAAUUGUCAAGGUUUAGAAAGAAUUGUUACUUGAACUCCAUUUAAAAAUGUUUGUAAAGGACUUUGAUUAUCAAUUGGUCUUCCAUUAAGGAAUUUUUCACUGUGAGACUUUUGUUAGCAAAUACAUUUAAGUGGAAAAAAUUAAGUUGUACUUGAUAGUUUGCUAUUUGAUAAUUAAUUUCCUUCACAUUUUUCCUAGUGGGGGGAAAUAUAAUGUAUUUAAGCAGCUAAUAUUCACAUUUCCAUCAUUUGAAUAACUUCCUGGCUGUGCUUUUAUGAUGAAUUAAUCUGGAUUUUUAAGGGAAACUCCAGGCUCCAAAUAGCUAUUCAAUGCAGCUAAAGCUAUUUUAUCAAAUGUCUAACAAGUGUGAUUUCAUCUGAAAAUUUAAGUUUAUUGUAGAACAGUAAAUGGGCUCUGGGUACUUCUUUAUAGUUCAUACUUGUUGAAAUGGUAUGAAAAUGGAGAACACCACGCCAUACCAAUGGAAGUGUCAUCUUUAUCAGACUACAAAGCAACUACAAAGCAACCAUUAAUGGACGUGGAAUUCGUUUGUUUAUCAAGUCUUGAUUUCAAAAACUGUUGGUGCUUGGCUCUAUGUAGAAAUCAGCACAGAGCCCAACUGGUUGUUUUUGGUGAUUAUUAGUUGUAGAAUGACAAGUGAAGUAUGAAUUCAGUCAACUAAGGUUAUUUGGAGUCUGUAAUUUCCAUCUGCUGCAGUCAUGGGGGAGAAAAAACUAUUAGCUUGUUUGAAGAACAAAUC